AUGUCAUGGCUCAAUUACUGCACACAAAACCAUCGACUACUCUGCCGUUUCGAACCGUUGCCGGUACAUGGCGUCAAAGUCAUCGAUUGCACUACAUUACAGAUCGAGGAUCACAACGUGAACACACCUUAUGUCAGCUUGAGCUACGUUUGGGGCAAGCCAAAGGAUGCAUGUGGGCCUGUCGAGACUAUUAGAGGAAGAAAGAGUCUGCCGCAGCGAUUAUCACCAGUGAUAAGAGACUCAAUUCAGGUUACCAAGACUCUGGGAUAUCGAUAUCUCUGGAUCGACAAAUUCUGUAUAGACCAAGAUGCCGUGGAGCUCAAACACGAUCAGAUACAACAGAUGGAUGCGAUUUACAAGAAUUCAGAACUCACCAUAAUUGGCGCUGCUGGCCAAGAUGAAUCGUAUGGUCUUCCAGGCGUCGGUGCUAGAGGCCGCCGACACCAAUUUGUCGCUAAGCUUGACGGCGCGACACUAUUCUGGAACCCAAUCGACCCCCAUGAACUAAUUUCACUAUCUCAUUGGUCUACCCGUGGCUGGACGUUUCAAGAAGCUCUGCUGAGCCGCCGCAGACUUGUCUUUACUGAAGAUCAAGUGUACUUUCAAUGUAACACCAUGAACUGCUUCGAG